AACCAGGACGUAGCAUGGGCGUGUGUGAACUGGGCCGGUUAUUUUAGAUAUUGGCCAAGAUUGUUGCUUGUUCACCUCUAUAUAUAUCACACACUAGUACAGACGGCUGCUAAAGCUACAAAUUAAUUGAAGCUGGUUUAGAGAGAAGGUGCAGAAGGAAAACCUAACCCUAAUCGAAGAACCCUCGCGUUGUUGUUUGUUCACCUCAAUAUAUACACACAGGUCCAACUAUGGAAAUGCUCAGAGAGUACGAUAUCAUCGAGUUCUCCCAUGCGGAGUUAGAUGAUUUGACCAGUAAUUUUAGCCAAGCAAAUCUGAUUGGAGAAGCCCAAUUCGGCAAAGUGUAUCGAGGAAAGACUCAGCAAGGUCAGGAUGUGACUGUGAAGAUUUGGGAAGAUUUAGGAAAAUUUGCUGUAGGCCGGGAUGAACACCGUUCCCAAUUGGCGAAAGAAUGCAUUUUUCUAAUGGAGUCAAGUGUAAAUCAUCAUCCGAGUCUGGUCAAACUUUUGGGAUAUUGCUGCGAAGAUAGUCUGUUGGGGGUUGUUUAUGACCUUAAACCAGUGGAUACAGUGCACAACCUCAUUGAUAAUGAUGGCUUUUCCUGGCUCCACAGAAUCAAGGUGGCAAUUGAUAUUGCACAUCUGCUCGAGUUUUUGCAUUAUCAUCAUAAACCACAAUACCUAGUUCGCAAUAUUAGUUCUGCACAUAUAAUGGUUGAUCAGGAUUACAAUCCGGUACUAUUCGACUUUUGUAUGCUAGUUGGUGGGCUUUUUGGUGAUGUGCAACCAAUCGCACAUAAGUUUGUGCUUGGAGCGCCAGGCUAUACUGAUCCGAUGAUUAUAAAUUUCGCAGGUAAAUGGUGGAAGGUACACGACAUCUUCUCGUUUGGCACUGUGCUUUUGGAGCUCAUAUCCAAAAGACCCUCUGAGAUGAAGAAACCUGUACACUAUUGGGCUGAAGCGCAAUACAAUUUGAACAAGCCCAAGAAAUCAUUAUUUGGCUGCUUUGCCCUCUCAAAGAAGUUCUCUCUCGUGCACAAAAGCUUUGAAGAAGAUUUGGGGUUUAGUCAACACGAUGGAUAUAAAAUUACUGAUCUGGCAAUGCGCAGUGUGGAAGGCAAUGGCGUACGUCCAUCAAUGAAGGAAGUUGUUCAAACCUUGGCGAGGUUACAUGCUGUUUGUCGUCACGGUCACCGGGUUUAUUAAUAUGAUGCUCUGUAGGUGAAUAAUGAAGGUGUUCUCUAUUGCUAGAAAAUUCAGUUACCUUGUUACAGUAAUAUACUGUUCUCCAAGCUCUAAUGUCUUGAUACUGGAAAACUCUUUUCAUUUCAACAAGCUUUAUGUUAUAUUUACCUACUUGAAUCUAAUUUUUCUUUCCCUA